AUUGCAAGGAAGCCAAAGGUCUUUAGUUGUAACUAGAAAAACCAAAAUGAAAGUCGCCGCCGCUUUGUUCGUAGUGCUUGCGUUAGCGCUGGCCGCUGAAGCGAAUCCAGUGUGGCCUUGGGCGGCGUCACCUUGGGCGGCGUCACCUUGGGCUGCCGCACCAUGGCCAGCGGCUUGGCCUUGGGGAUGGCCCGCAGAAGCACCCGCUCCUGCUCCGGUACUUGCCAUUGAUGCUCCCGCCGUUCCUGCCCCUGCAGCCACAUCUGUCACUGCCAAUCGUGGAGCGGUCCAUGUCGCGCCGCUACCCGGUCAUGCCAUCAAUCAGCAGCAGUUAAAUCUUGCUGCCGCUCCUGGAACUGCCUAGAACUGUUGAACAAUCACUUUCCGAUACACUCUAUUGAUGCUAUUUCUUUUGAAAAACUAUCGACGCGAAUGGAUCUAUGAAUAAAAGGACUUUAUU